AUGGCUCCUCCGCGUUUAUUACAUGAAGAAAUGGAAGACUUUUUGACAUACAAAGAAAAUGAAGCACGUUUGAGAGCAGUGGUACGAGAGCGCUGA